UCUAUCUCCUUAAUGAGCAAACUUGAAAAUAUUAUCUUGUUCUAUCUCCAAUCAACCAAUCAUAUUACAAUUACAAAGUUGUUCGGAAUAAUUUUAUCAGUUUUGUUGUUUUCAAAAUGGCAACUGCAAAUAUUGACCAAGAAAUGGAACCUGCCCUAAAUCAAAACGAAGAGCUGCUUGGCAUUACACCUUCUCGUCGGUCGCCCCAUGGUGGGGUUUCUUGGAAACGUAAAGCUGAUAGGAGUAGUUGGAAACAAAGUGUAAGAAAAAUCCAACGUCAGUCGGGUAAAGCUUAUAAAAAUACGAGAGGAGAACAAAUGCCAAAAAGAUCUAUUGUUGCACUAAAAAGUUGCAGAAAUUGUAAAUUUAAAUGUUCUACCAAUAUAUCUGAGAUUGAGCGUCAAAUAAUAUUUGAUAACUUUUAAACCUUAGAUGAUGACGGAAAAAAACAUUUCUAUUCUAAAACUACUGAAAAUCUGGAGAAAAAACGCUGUCGGACAGCUGCUGGUGACAAUUCAAGAAGAAAAACAUCUUAUUAUUAUAGCUUUUUUGUUUCUAAUACACAAUAUAGAGUUUGUAAAUCAUAUUAUCUUUCAACAUUGAAUAUUAGCAGCCAUAGAGUGUUUUACUUUCAUAAGUUUAAUAAAUCUUUAACUACUGGAACACCAUUGCAAUCAAAAUCAGGGAAACAUGUUAAAAAAAGGUUACUAGAAGAGUCUGAACAAGUUGUACGAGACCAUAUUAACCUUUUCCCAAGAAUUGAUGCUCAUUAUAGCAGGAAAAAGACACAUAAAGAAUACAUGGAAGGAUCACUAAAUAUAGGUAGAAUAUAUGAUCUUUAUAAAAUAUAUUGUGAUGAAAAUGUCUCUCCUCCAGCAAAAGAACAUAUGUAUCGUUAUAUCUUUAAUCACGAGUUCAAUAUAGAAUUUCAAAAACCGAAGAAAGAUUUAUGUGACACAUGCUAUGAGUAUCGCAACAUUGUUAAUGCAAGCAAUGAACAAACAGAUAGUUAUAAUAAGCACAUAAAAUCAAGGAAUGAUACCAAAACUGAACGUGAAAAUGAUCGCCAAAAUGUUGAUUCUAAAACUGCAAUUGUUUGUAUUGACCUUGAAAAUGUUUUAAAUUUGCCUAGAGCUAAUGUGGGAAACUUUUAUUACAAACGAAAACUUUCAAAUUAUAACUUAACUGGUCAUUGCUCGCUUAACAGGAAGGGUUAUUGCAUCCUUUGGCACGAAGCCAUGACUGGUCGUGGAGGAAAUGAUCUAUAUAAUAGUUUCAUGUCAGCAGCUUUGUGUGAAUUUAUAAUACGAUACCCACAAAUAAAAGUAGUUGAACAGAAGUUCUGCGAGCCAGGUCAUUCCAGCAUUCAAGAAUGUGACAACAUUCAUAGUCAGAUUGAAAAAUCCCUCUCUGCUGCAGAAAUAUUUAGUCCACUUGGGCUAGAAAGAGCUAUUAAAAAUGUAAACCGUAAAAAACCUUUCUGUGUUUACCAAAUGCAAUUAGGAGAUGUAAAGAAUUUUUCAGUUGUCGCUGGUUUGUCAAGGUAUAAGUUAGUGCCUUAUUCAAAGGUUAAAAAUCUUGUUUAUUGAAACGGACUGCCAUACCAUGUUUUUUUUAAAACCUCGUUUUCAGAUAAUUAUUCACAAGCUCGUAUAAAUAAGUCUGUCAAGAAAGCAGCAUCAACCAUUGUUGCAAAACCAUUAAAUACCAAUAUACCAAUGGCAGCUUGCUUUCGUGCUUCU